AUGGGCGGGCCUUAUGAAGGGCCAUCAAAUGGUCCACCAAAUGGACAUGGACAAUAUCAACAACAACAACAACAAUCACAAACACAACAAAUGCCACAAAUUCCAACACAAAUUGAAAUUUCGAUUGAUUUCACAAGACCAGAUGGACAGGUUUGUAAAUUUUGAGCACGGUGGGAUGAAAAAAUUUACUGAAAAUAAAAUAGCUAUGCGACUUUUCAUAUUUUUAAUUUUUCUAAAUCUGUCAGAUUCAGUAUGUUUGUAAGGUUUCAAAUUUACGUGUUUUUUCAAAGCAAAGUUCAAUUUUUUGUUUCCAUGACUUUUAUGCAUUUUUGAGUGAAAUGUCUUUUUUAAAUGGACUUUUUAAAAUGAAAACAUUCAAACGUUCAAAAAAAAAACUUGUGAAAAAAGUAAUAUUUAUUUUGGAAAGUCGAUUAGCUAUCGAAGGCUGUAGUUUUGAUCUUCAUUUUCCAAAAAAAAUGAAUAUUAGUUUCAAUAAAGUGGAGGAAAAAUGGAAACUUAGGUUCUGAUAUCCCAAGGUUCAAAAAAUCCAAUUUUUCCAUCAUCUAGAUAAUGAAAUAUUCCAAGAUCAUCUUUUGCAGCGAACGCGUCCACUUCUAGUCGAAAAUCGUCGUUUAUAUGUAGAUGAACAUUAUAUAUCAGUUUGGUCUCCAGUUUUGCGUGCUUGGUGUGUUGAAUGUCCGGAUAGGGAAUUAAUUUUAGCAAAUGUUCAAUAUGAACAUGUUCUUGAAAUGUUAGAAUGUAUUCAUCCAACUUAUAAAGCAGUCGAUGAUCAAUCUGUUCAUAUUUUAUUACCAUUAGCUUAUGAUUAUCAGGUAAGACAAUUCAAGAAGAUUUUUAUGGAAAAUGAUUUUAAUUUUUUCAGAUGGAAGGAUUACUUCAUAGAUGUGAAUGUUUUUUGAUAAGUCACACAUUGCCAUUUUUAGAAAAAGUUUGGAUUGCAGAUAGGUCAGUUUAGAAGGGAAAAAAGAGAGGGAACAUAUAUUCUCAAGAGAAAACUAUGUAAUUUGGCCACAACAAAUUCCGUUUUUGGAAAAAAAUUUUUUUUUGAAAAAUAAAAGUGCAUAAGGGAACCUUUUUUGGAAUUAUUGAUGAAGAUUUAUAUAAUAAAUGGCAGACCGGCCUACAACAUCUCAAUUUUUUAUUCAAAUAAAAGUUUUAAAUUUCAGGUACAAACUAAAUCGAUUAUUAGUAUUAUGUCUUCGAGAAAUGAGGCCAAAUAGUAAAGUUGAUUUGAAUGGAUCUCGAUAUUAUGCACUUUCUGAUCGUGUCAAAGUAUUACUUCUUGAACGACUUCAUGGUUCAGCAGCACCAGAAGAAAUACUUGAACCACCUCUUGAUCUUGAACAAUAUAACAGAGCAUCAGAUAUUAAUUUUGCUGCAGUUCGAGCAAAAACAGGUCGAGUUUAUUAUGUGAAUCCAUAUUAUAUGGCAUGUUGGUCGAAUGUAUUCGAACAAAAGUUAUGUACAACUUCUUCCGGUGUUGAAGAAAUGUUUUGUCCUUGUUCACAUGAAGAACUGAAAGCAUUUUUGAUGGCAAUUCAUCCGCCACAAUUAAGAAUUAAUGAAACGAAUAUUGGUCCAAUAUUAAUGUCGGCUUGUAAAAUGGAAUCGCCUGCAUUAUUGAGAAAAUGUGCUAAUUUAUUAUUAUCUCCUCAUACACAAUUAUCUGUAUUUGUUAGGUUAUCACUUUUGGAUCGAUGUUUUUUGCAUGAAAUGUUACCACAGUGCCUUCAAAUGGUUCAAAGGCCUGAACAUCUCAUUCAAAUGACACAACAAACUACUUGUAAGUUUUAUUUUAUCGGGAAAAAAUAAAUAUAAAAAAUUGGGGUUUAUAAAAGUUAAGUUUACUUAACGUUUUUGAAAAAAUCGCUACAAAUUAAAUUAUUUUUCAACAAAAAUGAAUUACUGUAAUUUUUUCGCACUAAAUUUAAAAAAAAAGUUGUACUACAGACAUCGUUUAAAAACUUUAAUUAUUCCCACAAUUUGAUGAAACUCGUGUCUUUUGGGUACUGUAAUUUUUAUUUUUUCUGUCAAAAUCCAAAUUUUAAAUAAUUUGCAGAUGAUUGUCUUUCAACUCGUGCAAAAGCUGCAAUGAUGGAUCGAUUAGGAAUAUUAUUAGAGAAUCCAGGAUUGCAAACACAUCAUUGCUCAAGGUAAUCAUUUUUUAUAUCAUCAAAGGUUGACUCAACUAUACAAUUUUUCGGUUAAUCAAAAUUUCGAUGAUUACUUUCAAAACUGUUGUUUCAAGAUCAAGUUUUUUUUGACUUUCUAUUCAAAUUUCAUAAGUUUUAUUCUACAGUAACCUUCUGACUCCACUUUCGAACAUUUUUCGCUAAAUCAAGAUUUUUUUGAAUACAUUUUCAAACCUUUUUCCAAACAUAUCCGUUUGAAUUUUCCGGUAUGAAAUGAAAAAAAAACUUUGUAUUUAAAUUCCUUUUUGAAUGAUCCAGUGUAUGUAUUCAGAUGCAAAUCAAGCAACACAUGCGGUUCAGUAACCUGGAUGUGUCCACAAUGUAAAACUUAUUCAACCGAUUCAUCACUUCUUCGCAACAAUACAAAUAAUACAACAACAGCAGGAACAGCAACAACAACAAAGUAUUAA